CAUUAAGUGCUUCUAUAGGUCUAUAGGUAAUCAAUUUGUAAUAUUUAUGGUAGAAAAUCCUUAAAUUGGGUAGUUAGGUACGUAUUUCGGGGCGCAGUUUUGCAAAGGAUAGACUGCGAAAGUUUAGCAAGGUAUUUCUUUUAGAGGGUCCUAUUUAAAGUUGUUCCUAAAAAUCCCUGGUUGGCUACUUUAGACUUUUUUACACUUAAUCCACCUCUGUAUUUACCCUAAAACAUAUAUCACAAUAGUUUAAUGCACUGUAAUAAGGAAAAAGGAAAUAUCGCCGCAAUGACGCUGACUCAUUCCAUUGCCUUAAACUCUUGUCAUUCGAAUUUGAACUCUAUUGUGGCAAGGUCAAAGUAACAAAUGGGCACUGCAGGUAUUCAACUCAACCUUAGGUCGUGCGUCAAGGAGGUUUUACUCACAGUCAUAAUGCAUCAAAGCAAAGAUGCGUAUGAACUCUUUGAUUGAAUUCUUUGUUUGAUAACAAUGUUGGUUGUCAUGGAUACCAGUCGAUUCUGUUUGUUGAUAAUGUAAUGUGGCGUUGUUUAUCAAUUGUCAAUAAUAGUGUUUACAAUGUUGUGAUUGUGUUUGUUCAGCUCAAAAUCAGACUCUGAACAGAUUUGACCCCUGACCAGUAUCAUUGUGAUGGUGAUGUCGUGCUCUGGUAUGGGCGACGCGGUGCUUCGUGAGCGGCUGCCGGCCUUGUGGCGCCGCAUCGAGGAUGCUCACUACAGCUACCUUGAGACUGACGACAGCCCCGAGAAACUUGACCAGAAGAAGAAGCUUGAAGAUUACAUAAUAGAAUACCUAUCAUUAGUGCCUCAUGAGUGCAAGUUUGGUCUCGCGGAGACCGGGAAAGUGUUCCAGAAGACGAUCAAUGAACUGGCGGAGUUCAGUGCGUACCGAGCUGGUCUUGGAUGGGCGGCGCUCGCCAGAUACGCCGCCAACCUGCUAGCUCAACCCUGGAGGAAAGAGUACAAAGUCAUAAGGUUAUACUGCGGGUAUUUCAAGCACGAAGUAGAAGCGAAUAUGGUUGGAGCGGAGACCCUGCUGCAGGCUAUGGGAUACAAACCUUCGGGAGCAGGUCAGAUGGAGCUGGAUGGGCCAAUAUGCCCUGACAUGGUGGCUGCAGUGUCCAGAGACGCUCUCAUCGCGCAGUGUGAAUGUCAGAUAAUGGCGCACAUAUGGGAGGAGGCGUGGUCGUUGGGGGGGCGCGUGUCGUGGCGCGACGUGUGGCGCGAGCGGGCCGCGCACGCCGCGCCGCCGCACGCCGCCGCCGCGAGACUCGCCGCCGCAAGACUCGGGACUAUCGACCGGAAUACCAACCCGGCUUAUACUGACAGUUCAGAAAUAUACUCGAACAUCCCAACAACGGUAACAGACGGCUACCGAAGCCGAGUGGUCGACGACAGGUACCACGGCGCCCAGCACUGCAACCACCUGUGUGACGAGCUGGAGCAGGAGCCCCCGGGCAUGAUCCCGUGCGCCCCGUACAUGGUGCCCCCCAUGCUCCCGCACAUGAUGUACCCGGUCCCCCCCCACAUGCACCCCGACGUGCCCGUCACCGUGCCGCAGUGCAGCACCAUACCCAUGAUGACCCCAUACGGAGUCCCCUACUACUACCCCGUACAGUCCCCCUACAUGCUCCCCACCCCAGUAUACGCCCCCAUAAAGCACGCAGCUACAGUUCCCGUCAACGGAUACCCACCGAUGCCCCAAUACAGGUACCCCGCAGUGCCAACAGGACAACUUAUCGAAUUAGACACGCCUUCAGUUUACGAAAACGGUAAAUUCGAAAAGUAUAAAGACGAAGACAGAAAUCAUAAGAAGAGGCACCCAGAAUCUUCUAGAAGAAAUAGCACGUCGAAAUCAGGAUUAAGUGAUGUCUCACUACCGAGCUUACCACGAUCUGACACGCAGCCAGCUCUCAGCAAGGCGAGGGAAGAUGGCAUGGGCACGUAUGAGAGCUGGGACUAUGUAUUUAGGAAUCUGUCGAGCAAAGAACAAGAGGGAGAUGGACGAAGUCGGUUCUCGCCCUCACUAGACAGAGAUUCAAGGACACUCGACAGGCUAGACAGGGAGGAGAGGAGGGCCAAGUAUCAGCCGACCACACUCGACCUGGAAGACGGGCUACAAGCGCUGAACCUUGACAGAUCAUACGACGAGGAAGUGUACCGGACUGCGAAGGUCGAGAACUUGAUGAGGAUGAAACAGGAGCAAGAAAUGAAGAGAGCGAAACAGCUAGCGAAGAAGCAAGCUGAAUUGAAAGCAAAGAGAUCAGUGCCAGAACCGGUCGGUAAUCCUAAGGCCGAAGGGUUAAUAACACAAAAGGUCGCGCCUGACAAAGUGAAGCUACUGAAUAAGAAAGAGAUUAAGGAUAGGAAGGAGGUUAUAAAGCAGCAGAGUUCAGUCAACGGAGCCAGCAGUAAUACGGCUGAAGUCAAGAAAGUGAAGAAACCCUCGAAACUAGUAGCUGCCGAGGUGGAGAAACCGAAGAGUAAGCCAGUGGAGAACGGAGUUCACAGUACAGCACAUAGUUCUAAAAGUAAUCAAGUACCGAACCCAUCGAACUACGACCUAAAAGCGCAGCUGAUAGUGACAUUGGACGAGACGGACCACGUGCGACGGUCUCCGCCGCGACAGUCGCAGGUGAACGGGGACCGGGAGCGGCCCGUGAGCAGGACGCCCAGCCAACACAACAGUGACAGGGAGAGGGUGGAGGCGGCGCCCAGCGAGGUGAGGAGGGGGGACAAGUGGGAGUGCGGCACGUGCACGUUCCUGAACGCGGGCGGCGCGGCGGCGUGCGACAUGUGCGGCAAGUCGCGGCGCGGCGCGGACAUCCAGCCGCUGCGGUCCGGCGGCCGCGAGUGUCCCGCCUGCACGCUCGUCAACGAGCGAGACGCCAAGCUGUGCGACGCGUGCGGCACUAGUCUACAACAUUGCCCCACCUACAUAUAGUAUGUACGCAGAUUAUGACGUCAUCCAUUUCGGGUUGCCAACUUACAUCUAAUCAUUAUUUAGUAUCGUUUUAGUUGAUAUAACUGUUAUUGAAUGCACAAUUAUUAUUAUUAUUCUUUUCUAUGGUUAUUAUUUGCAGCUAAAUGCAGUUUGUAGUUUAUUAUACAUAUUAUACAUUUUGAAUUAUGAAUUAUGAAAGUUUGUGCACAUUGAAUGUGUUAUUGCGCAGCUGUUAGAGAUUUAUUCGUGCGUAAAAUUAUUCAUAUCGGUAUAUUUACAAAUCCUAUAAUUGGUUAUUCAUUAACAAGAUAUAUGAUUGUUACAUGCGCGUUAGUAUUACCACAUUAUUGCAUUGUGUGGAUUAUGUCACUGUUUAGACGAAACUGUUGUUUACAAGGAGUUAGGCCAUGAAAUAAGCGAUUACGGAGUGCGACAGUUCAGAGUGAUUUUACUAAUUAUAUUUACUAAAAUAUCCGACGCACUUAACAAGAGCGUCAAAAUUACAGAUGUUGCAUUUUUUCUAACAUAUUUUAUUUAUACUCGUUGAAUGUUUGAAUAUGAAAUCACAUUGUCGUUUGUCGUGUAAUAUGUCUUCAAGGUAAUCGAAAAAUUAAUAUAGCAAUAAUUAGGAUGUUAGUAGAAUGUAUGCAAAAUGGUUUUAGAGAGAUUACGGGCAGACUUAAACGACAACCGUUUGUUUCAUGGCCAUUUGAAUAUAAGGGGCCAUCCAUAAAUUACGUCACAUUUCAUGAUUUUUGACCCCCUCCCCCGUCCUUGUCACAAAGCCUCCCCUCCCUAGUGUGAUGCCACAUUUUAUAAUUUUACAUCUAGAUUUUUUUAAGUUUUUCGAUAAUAAUUUCAAGUUCGUGUUUUAACAGUUAGAUUAUGAUAAUUGGAAUGUGACGUCACGAAAUUUAAGACCCCUCCCGCCCCCUUGUCACAUAAAUUCACCGACCCCCUCCCCCCUUAACGUGUGACGUAAUUAAUGGAUGACCUCUAAUUUAUUAUUAUUAUUGCUCAUAAAAUAUGAUAAUUGAACUAACAGAUGUAUCUAAUACGAGUUAUUGUUAUAGAACCUUUAUGUGACGUAGUUACUAAAUUGUUUUCUUUAUAUCGCUUGUGACAGGGUACCGUGUGACGUGUGAGAUGUGUUAAGUUGGAGACAUACUGUAGAAAUGGUGAUCUGACCUGACGUUACUCAAUGCGGGUUAAUUUGUUACUCAAUUACUUAAUUGACACGGUUGGUACAGUCGCUGGUCGACGAAUCACUGUUAUUAAUUAAAGGUACGCGUCCACAGGCCCGCAUCUUACGCAUUCCGUAUGACGUCAUCAGCAAUACCUACAUGCGAUGCAUACUGAUGACGUCAUACGGAAUGCGUGUGGUGCGUGCGAUGCGUACGAUACGGACAUGCAUGUGGACGCUUACCUUAAGCCACCUACGACAUGAGAAACAUGUUUGUGUGAGGUAAAGAAAUCUUGACCAAUCAACACGCAUUGCGUUUCGUCUGGUCUCGACGCGUCUCAAUAGUAUGUCCCCAGCUGUAUAGUACCAUGGGUUACGUUUCACCAAGAUGGCGGCCGAUGGUGUAAAUCUCGAAGUAAAUAAAUAUGAUUGUAAUAAUAGUGUUCGUUUAUUCGCCUUCUAUAAUGCUUUAAUGUUAGUCGAGAUAUAGAUAAAAAAAAACGCUUUUUCGUUUUAUUAUUACAUAAUAUAUAAUAUAAAUUAUUGAUCUGUGUAUAUAAUUGUUAGAAAUGUAAAUAGUAGAACUUAAAUAUAUUUAUUUAGAUGUUUGGAUUUUUAUUUAUUUUGAACAGAAAUAAGAUUUAAAUCAUAGUGAUACUAAUAAUGGGAAAUUAUAACAUCAUUGACGGUGCGUUUGUUAUAAAGUAAUAAUAUAAUGUAAUUUUAUGGUCACAGUCCAAUUAAUAUGCACAGUGUAACGAUAAAAAAGUAUAAAUUAUGCCAAUAAUGAAGAAAGACGUAACUGCAAAUGUUGAAAAUUAAUCACAAUAGUUUGUAGCUUACGUUGGGAGUGGUAUUUAUAGAUAAAUAUAUUAUAGUAUUUUUGCACUUACGUACUUCUUCAGGUUGGUGGUGAAAUUCGUCAUAGAUUAGGCAUUUAAAGCACUGAGGACGUGUAUUUUUCUAUAAUAAACAGAAAGUAGAUUUUCUCAUACGUGAUAGAUUUAUAUAAAGAGACGUUGUGCUUGAUAUUCAUUUGCCCUUGUUUGAUCGAGUGGGACGUUACGUCGGAAAUUAUGACAAAUGCAGAUAGACGACAUGUAAUACAAUGAAAAAUAAAUAAUAUUGUUUUAUGA